AUGGGUCAUGAGUGGGGGAAGAUGAGGGCGUCGGUCAGGAUGACCCAAUACCUGGAGUCCUGGGGAGCAGCCCAACCCUUCGCCAACCUCCACCAUCGAGACAGCAUGACUGCAGACAACGGCAAGAUCAACACCACGGACGUUCCCAUGGGGCAGUACUACUUCCAACGACGAGAAAGAUCCAAGUCUCAGAGGAAACGGUUUGAGGAAGAACUCAACGAGCGAAUGAUCCGCACCAUUGAUGGCAUCAACUCACAGAAACAGUGGCUGAAGUCCGAGGACAUCCAGCGGAUCUCCUUGUUCUUUCACAACAAAGCUUUGGAGAAAGAGUACAGAUCCACCACGUUACCUGCCUUCAAGUACUACGUCACCUGCGCCUGCCUCAUAUUCUGCUGCAUAUUCAUCGUGCAGAUCCUCGUCUUGCCCAAAACUGCUGUGCUGGGGAUCUCUUUUGGCCUGACAUUCCUGCUGCUGGCUCUGAUCCUCCUCCUCUGCUUCGCUGGUCACAUUCUGCAGGGAGGAAAGGGGUCCUUCUGCUCUCUGCCAUGGCUCCCGGCUUCCUCGCGCAUCAUCGUCACCAACAACCCCUGGCUGCGAUUGGUCCUCACCAUGACGACCACGGCUCUCAUACUGGUGAUGGCCGUGUUCAAUAUGUUCUUCGUGGAGGAUCCCGGAGGAUCUGCCGAGGACAUCCGAACGGCCGCUCCCUCCGUGAACGUGUCCAACAGCAGCCGCUCCGACAGCCUGGAGGAGAGAAACAAGUUCUACCUGCCGUACUUUAUCUACUGCUGUAUCCUGGGCCUGGUCUCGUGCUCGGUGUUCCUGAGGAUCAACUAUGAGCUGAAGAUGGUGGUGAUGCUGAUCGCCGUGGUGAUCUACAACAUCAUCAUCCUGCAGACUCACGCCUCGCUGCUGGAUGGAUUCAACAAAGCGCUGUACCCCGCGGACAAGUCAGACAGGCCAGGAGUCCUGAAGGACCUGAAGACCAUGGGCUCUGUGUCGUUGUUCAUCUUCUUCAUCACUCUGCUGGUAUUAGCAAGGCAGAAUGAGUAUUACUGCCGGCUGGACUUCUUGUGGAGGGACAAGUUCAAGAGGGAGUGUGAGGAAAUUGAAACCAUGGAGAACCUCAACCAGGUCCUGCUGGAGAACGUCCUGCCGGCACAUGUGGCCAAGCACUUCCUGGGACGCAACUGGAAAAAUGAGGACCUUUAUCAUCAGUCGUACGAGUCCGUGUGUGUGAUGUUCGCCUCCAUCCCGGACUUCAAAGAGUUUUAUACCGAGUCUGAUGUCAAUAAGGAAGGACUGGAGUGCCUCCGACUUCUCAACGAGAUCAUAGCGGACUUUGAUGAGCUGCUGUCCAAGCCAAAGUUCAGCGGAGUGGAGAAGAUAAAGACUAUCGGCAGCACCUACAUGGCUGCAACUGGGCUCAAUGUGACUCCAGGACCAGAGUGUGCACAAGAACACGACAGGCAGUACAUGCACAUUGGCACGAUGGUGGAGUUUGCCUUCGCUCUUGUUGGGAAGCUAGAUGUCAUCAACAAACACUCUUUUAAUGACUUCCGACUGCGAAUAGGUAUUAACCAUGGGCCGGUGAUUGCGGGAGUCAUCGGGGCUCAGAAGCCCCAGUAUGACAUCUGGGGAAACAGUGUUAAUGUGGCCAGUAGGAUGGAAACAACAGGGGUGCUGGGUAAAAUACAGGUAACACAGGAGACCAGUGGCAUCUUAUCCAACCUGGGCUACAUGUGUUCGUGUCGCGGCAUCAUCAACGUGAAAGGCAAAGGCGAGCUGAAGACCUACUUUGUCCACACAGAGAUGACCAGAUCUUCGUCACAAGGGACUGUGAUGCCUUGAGCGUGACUCGCCACGCCACCGAACAGACUUGAAAACGCAACUGCAGAUAACGGCACCGAAGUGAUUUGUCAUGCUCUGUAAGUUAAAAA